AGAAUGUGGACUCGUGGCUUUAUAAAAGUUGCAUGUGUUCUCUGUAACUUUGGAUUCAGGUAUCUGCUAAAGACAGUAUUAAGGAGUUUGCUAAAGACACCGAAGGCAGACAGACCUGGCUGAUGCUGGCUAUAAGAUAUGGAUAUUAAUGAUGACUCUAAUUAUGACCAUCUUGCAAGUUACGACAUUCAGCUCUGUAUUCAGGAGUCCAUUGAAGCGAGCCAGGCUGUAUCUUAUCCUGAAAGAUUCGUACUACUAAGUGAUCAAAACAGAAAGCUUGUGGAGGCCAUAAGGCAAGGCCGCAUUCUUGAGCUCCAGGAGUAUGUGCAACAGAAAUAUGCUCUGGAUGAAGCUGAUGAGAAAGGGUGGUUCCCAUUGCAUGAAGCUGUUGUUCAACCCAUUACACAGAUACUCGAGACUGUUCUGGACGCAUCCUAUAAGACACACUGGGAAUUCAAAACCCGUAAUGGGGAAACACCCUUGACUCUGGCAGUCAAAGCCGGUUUGGUGGACAAUGUCAAGACAUUGCUAGAAAAAGGAGUCUGGCCCAACACCAAAAAUGACAAAGGAGAGACGCCUCUUCUGAUUGCUAUAAAAAAGGGCUCCUAUGACAUGGUAUCUGAACUGAUUAAAUACAACACAAGCCUUGACCAGCCCUGUGUCAAGCAAUGGUCAGCAAUGCAUGAAGCAGCUAAGCAAGGCCGCAAAGAUAUUAUAGCCCUGCUACUGAACCACAGAGGCAACGUCCACCUGAGAGACGGAUUUGGAGUGACGCCUUUAGGAGUUGCUGCUGAGUACGGCCACUGUGAUGUGUUAGAACACCUUAUUCACAAAGGUGGUGAUGUGUUUGCUUUGGCGGAUGAUGGGGCAUCUGUGCUAUUUGAGGCAGCAGGAGGCGGAAACCCUGACUGCAUUUCCCUCCUGCUGAAAUACGGAGGAAGUGGCAAUGUGCCUAACAGGGCGGGGCAUCUUCCAAUACACCGAGCUGCCUAUGAGGGACAUUACCUUGCUCUGAAAUAUCUUAUCCCAGUCACAUCCAAACAUGCAAUCCAGAAAAGUGGCCUAACUCCAAUUCACUCAGCCACAGAUGGACAAAAUGCUCAGUGCCUCGAACUGCUCAUUGAAAACGGUUUUGAUGUCAAUGCCCUGCUCGCAGACCACAUUUCCCAGAGCUACGACGACGAGAGAAAGACCGCACUGUAUUUUGCUGUCUCUAAUAAUGAUGUCCACUGCACGGAAAUCCUUCUGGCUGCAGGUGCAGACCCCAACUUAGAUCCCCUCAACUGUCUGCUUGUGGCAGUGAGGGCCAACAGACACGAGAUUGUCCGGCUGCUUCUCUCCUAUGGAGCUAAUGUCAAUUGUUAUUUUAUGCAUGUGAAUGACACUCACUUUCCCAGUGCCAUUCAGUAUGCCCUAAAUGAUGAGCUUAUGAUGAGGCUCCUGCUGAACAAUGGCUACCGGGUGGAGCUGUGCUUUGACUGCUUGCACGGAGACAUCUUUGGAAAUUCAUUUGCGUGGUCAGAGAUGGAGGAGGAGGAACUGCCAGGAUGGACAUCUUGCAUAAUAAAAGAUAACCCAUUCUGUGAGUUUAUUACAGUCCCAUGGAUGAAGCACCUGGUGGGCAGCACUGUCCGUAUACUGAUAGACUACAUGGACUACGUCCCUCUGUGUGCUAAACUGAAGUCUGUGCUGGAAGCGCAGAGAGAAUGGCCAGAAAUCCGCCAAAUAAUAGAGAGUCCUUGCUCAUUAAAGCAUCUGUGCCGGUUAAAAAUUCGUAGAGUUAUGGGACUCCAGCGACUGUGCCAACCAUCCUCCAUGGAGAAGCUUCCCCUCCCAGCAGCGAUUCGGAGAUACUUAUUAUUUAAAGAAUAUGAUCUCUAUGGACAACAGCUGGAGUUAAUGAUAUAACUUUUAAAUUAUAUUUUAAAAUGUGAUUCUUAAAGUAUUUUAAAAUGUGAUUCCCCAGAGGUCAUUGGAAUUGUUUCAUAUUUGUAAGUAUAUUUAAAUCUACUGAGAACUUUGUAGUCAAGUCAUGUCUCUGUGGAAAGAACAUGCACCCUCUUAAAGACUUUUAGGCUUCUAAGAUAAGCAAUAUCGGGUAUCUGAAUUUCUAUUGAUUGUCUUCAGUUGUUACAAGUCUUCAAAUCCUCCCUAUCAACAGAGUAUCAACGUUUGAGAGUCUAGGCUUAAAAGCUAAAAAGCCGCUUGCUCAAAUCCCCCCAUCAUCUCAUGCCUGCUGCUGUCCUGUUUUGUCGUUAGAACCACCGUCUAGAAGAGCUCAUGUGUACCUGCAGAUUCGCCCUACAUCCUGGCCUCUCCCUCACCCACCUUCCUGUUGACUCUUACAGCAUCUGACUCCAUUUACUGUUCUGUCCUUGGUUUUCCCCACGCUGAUAGCUCAGUUUUCCCUCUGAGCCCUCCUCCCUUGCCUCUCCUCUGUCUCUGCUUCUUUAUGCUGCUCCUCUUCCUCCAACGAUGUCCUCUGUCCUUUUCUGAUAUGCUGUGUUCUCUGGGAAACUCCAUUCACUUUGGUGGUUGUGACCGUUUUGCUGGGGACUAUAACAUUUACAGCUCAAGUUCAACCUUUUGUCUCCUAGGCUUCAGACCUGCCAAACAUUGACCUAACACAUCGAAACACAAAGAUAUCUGUAGUGUAGCAUGUCCUCAAAUCCUCCCUUCACCAGGCAUUUUUCUCUUAUAGUCUGCUGUUCAAUAUUAGCACAGUCAAUUCAGUUUCCAAAUGAAAAAGAUUUGGUGUCUGUCUCCUCCCCCCCAACCUGUCCUUUUCUCACCCAGCAUUCCAACUCACCAAAUGUCAUUAACUUUCUCUUUUAAACCCACCAUUUCCUACUCAGUUCCAGAAAUUUCACUAUCCAUCUGACUGUAUUCUUCCUCUUUCGAGACAAUCCAGGGCUGCUUCUUUGGCUUGUCUGCCUUUGUGUUUUUAUGUCCUCUACAGAGUCCACACACAGCAUUUCAGAACGAUCUUUCAGAGACUUUGAUAUGGCUCAUUCCUUUGCUGAAAAUCACUGCCAUUAUUUUGGGAUAAAAAUCCUGAGUUCUCACAUGACCUCCAUGCUUUAACUACCCCGUCCUCUGUAGCCUGCCUGCAUCCCCCACACCCCAUUAACAGUGUCAUUGUUACAUACUUUCCCCGGUGAUCCUCAGGUCUUAUACAUAAAUUUUAUAAUACCAGAGGUUUUCAUUUUAUUAGCAAAAAUAAGGCCAUCAUUUUAAAGGAUACCAUCUAUUACCACCAUUUCAUUUUUAAAAGAGAUUAUUCCUUGGGAUGCUAGAAAACAAGAUGGUGGUAAGCUCACUCGUUAAAAUGGAUUGAUGUUAGCCUUGAAAAGACUGACCAUACUGUUCUCAUCUCCUCACGGACGAGCGAACCGUCACUGUGGUCCACAAGUAUCUGCAUCUCUUUGAUGGAAACCACUGUGAACCCAGGACCUCUGCUUCCUUUAUCCUCUUCAUGCAUCUUUCUUUCCUCUCCCACGGAUUAACUAAUCCUCACACUGCAGAGCUUGGCCCAGCUGUCGCUUCCUCUGGAAUGGAGGACACUGCCCAGAGCUGCUCAUGGGGUAUCGCAGGAGUCUGUGUUACAUUAGACUGGAAGCUCCUUGAGGGCAGGAUCGUGUCUGCUUUAUCUGCCAGUGUGUCCUCAGAGCCCAACACAUUUCCUAGACUGUGAAUGUUAUACAAGAGCCAGUCUAAAAUAGUCAAUGACUUCAUGGUGAAGUGAUAGAAUUUCUGACUGGGUGUGUAAACUUAGUAAUGUAAUUAUUUAUUUAAAUUAAUUAUUCUUUCAUUUUAAUAGUGUAAUUUUUUACAUUUUUUUUGGCAGUAACAUCUCACUAGUUUGUAAAUUUUCUGAAGUGUGUUUACUUUCAGUUAUCUUUGAAAGAUAAAUAAGUCUGGAA